UAUCGGAAGUCUGCUUCUUUCUUUCAUUUCCGGAUUGUUCAACGAGAAGGUAUAUAAUCUUCCUAUUGCCAACCACGAGAAACGAUGAACAAGAAGCAGAAGAAGUCGAAGAAGGCCACUAAAGUGGCUGCCAACGCCAAUGCUGCUGCCGCCAAGUUGCAGAAGUCGAUCGGCGAGGAAGAAGAGGUAGCAUGUGCCGAGUCCGAUGGAGGUGCCAGCGGUAGCAAGCCCGAGAUGGAUCGCGCUUACCGUAAGAAUCUGAAUAAGCUAAUAAACCUGGCCGAUAAGCUGCCCAAUAGCCUGGUGCUUCAUCAUUCGAGCGGAGAGGGCGAUUCUAGCGGCUCUGGAAAGAGCACGAACGACGACGACGACGAGGCCCCGGAGCUCGUUAACCCCAACGCAUCCAAAGGCUGUGAUGACGGCCAGAGAUACUCUCGUGGCGAAAAAAAGGCACGCCGCCUUUUGAUGAAACUGGACCUCAAGCCCGUCGAGAACGUGUACCGGGUGACCAUGAAGAAAAGCAAGAACAUCUUGUUGUGCAUAGACAAGCCGGAUGUCUACAAGUCCCCAACCGGCACGUACAUUUUCUUCGGCAAGGUCUAUGUAGAGGACCUGACCAACACGGCCACCACUCAGGCCGCCGAGCGCUAUCGGGAAGUGGAAGCCAUCAAGGACAAGGGGGCAGACAAUGUAGAAGCCCCCGAUGCUGCUGGAUCCGCUCCUGUGGACGACGACGACGACGGCUCCGAUGGGGACGAGGCUGCCGCCAAGGAUCUGGAGGAGAGAGAUAUCGAACUGGUGCAGAUGCAGGCCUCCUGCUCCCGCAAGAGGGCCAUAAAGGCUCUAUUGCAGAACGGCCAAGAUGUGGUCAACGCCAUCAUGGAUCUCACCAUGGGCUAACAACAACAAUGUAAACUUUGCUUUCAAUAAACGUAUCCAUAAGAAA